AUGACAGCCCAGCGCUUAAGUGGUUAUGAGAUUAUUCUUCUUAAUACCCAGAAUCUGUCUAUUGUCUAUAGUCCUGUUAAUUCUGGUCCUAUGUCUGUUUUGCAUGCUAUUUUCACUUCUGCAUCUGACUCUGUGUCUAUACCAUCUGAGCCUCAUAAUUGCAUUGAACAAAUACAUAUUGCCACAUCUCCCAGAGCAGACCUCUCCUCAACAGCACUCAGUGGCCCGGAUGUCUUUGUGGAUGGCUCUUGCUCCAGACCAAAUGACGGUACGUACCUCACAGGCUAUGCUGUGGUACAGUUACCUGAAAAAAUCAUUGAAGCUGACACUAUUUUCCAGCCAUCUGCACAAGCUGCAGAACUCAUUGCUCUCACACGUGCCUGUCAGCUUUUCUCAGGAUAGCGAGUGAACAUUUACUAAGACUCACGAUAUGCUCAUGGGGUAGUGCAUGAUUUUGGUGUGAUUUGGAAACACAGAGGCUUUGAAGGAGCAGAUGGAAAAAACAUUUCACACACACAAAUCUCAUCCAAUCACUCCUAGAUGCUAUCCUACUCCCAUCUGAAGUAGCUGUUAUCCACUGCAAGGCACACACUCUGGGUAGUGAUGACAUUUCCAGAGGUAAUGCCUUGGCUGACAAAGUGGCAAAAGAAGUUGCAGCCAAGACUCUUUACUAUGAAAUGUUUCCUGCUAUGCUCACACCUCCCACAUGCCCUACUGAUAGUUUGCUUUUGCAGCUCCAAGCCUUUGCAACGCAAUCUGACUUUGAUUUUUGGAUUGAACAAGGUUUAGAGAAAGAUCAGAAUGAUCUUUUCUCUAAAGAGGGGAGAAUAGGCAUACCUGAAUCCAGCUGCUUUAUUUUCAUCAGUCAGGCACAUGGUCCCGGUCACAAAAGCAUAGAAAGCACCAUCCAAAUUCCUCAUGAAUUAAUUUUAUAUUAG